UGAAGUCAUGACUGACAUUAAACCAGCCCCUGAAGUUUGCCCUUCCCUUGACAUUCAUUCAGAUGUAAGCCCUAUCCCUGAAAGUCCACCCCUAGUUCCCUCACCCUCUGACUCCCCCUUUGACUUUGGCUCCACACGAGAGAGUCCAGCCCCUGAAACCCUGUACCCAGAGACCACAGGCACGGCUCCUGCAGAGGAGCGCGAGAGGGAGGAGACUGAACUAGCUGAAAAGCUGACAGAGGUGGUCAAGGAGCCAGAAUCUUUAGGUGCAGAUUUUGGGGUGGACAGGCCUGCCGUGGAUGACGGGUUAAGGCUUCGACAUGCGACGCCCGCUGUUGCUCUGAGGAGAACCUCAGACGAGGAGGACGAAGAGGAGGAGGAGGUGUUUGUCCCUCCCAAGAGAAAAGAGGAGAAACGAAGCUUCUCUCUGAAUCAGCUGAUUAUCGGUGCUCUGGUCCUCCUCUGUCUCGGCUCCCUUUUCUUCUCUGAUGAUUCUGAUGGUGUGGAACUGACUGAUCAGGAAGUCCUCAGUAAACUUGACCAGGAAAAGAAACAGAUUGCUGUUCUGGAAGCCCAGCUACAGGCCCAGAGAGAGGAACUGGACAAAGCUCUGAAGAUGGCUGCAGACAGUGCAACCGCAGAGAAAGAAAACACCAAACUGAAAGAGCAACUGUCCGCAUUACCCGGCCUGAAGGAGGAGCUAGAGACACUGAGGUCCCGAGUCAUCGAGCUAAGACAGCUCACAGCUGAAGAGGAGACCCCCGAGCCAACCUCCAGCUCCUCCCAGCCCUCUGCCGACAGCCCCGGAGAAGCAGUUGUGACUCCCCCUCGCCCCGACAGGUGGCAGGAUAAGAAGGAGAAACUCCAGAGACAGAAGAUGCUUUUGGAGCAGAGCAGGAGGAGGCUGGAGGAGAUGAAGAAACAGGGGGCGUAUAAGAAGGGCGUGAGAGAGAUGGUGGAGAUGCAGAGGAGACUCUCGGAACAGGUGGAGCAGCUGGACAAGAGGGAGGGAAGGAGGAGGAAACACCAGGAGGACGAGAGAAAAAAGAGAGAGGGCGGCUGCGAGCGGGAGAAGAAGAGACAGGGGAGCGGCUGUUGGACGCGGGACGAGAUGAUGAAGAGGAAAGACGAGAAACACGGCAGAGACAAGCGCGAUGGCGGAUGGAAGGAGCAUGACAAGACCUCCCACUCUCGGGAGCACUGGAAGAAAUACCGAGAUCAGUGGGAGCAUAAGAAAGAUGAGAGAAGGAUGGAGAGAGAGAAUAGAAAGAAGGAGAGGCCCUGGCAGGCCAGCCGCCGCCAGACAUCUCCCCAUCACCAGCACGACCGUCAUCAUCAUCAUCAUCAUCAUCAACAACAACACCACAGCCAUCAACAGUCCCAGAAGGCCCAAAACAACAAGCUCCACAGCUUCUGGAGACACCAAGAAGAGAAACUCAGGAAGAACCAGCGCCCCCCAGAGGGUUGCCGCGGUAUUGCCAAUUGUGCCGCAGCGGAAGGGUUUGUUCCUGUGCAACUGGCUGAAUUUCAGCCCGUCCUGGACCAGUACCUGGGUAAGCUUCAGGGCCUGCCCUCUGACAACGAGGAGGCGCUCCGACGUCUAGUCGCCCAGUUUUUCAGCGGCGGCACCUUCGCCCAUGACCGCAUGAGCUUCGGUGAGUUCGCCGAGGAUGUGGCGGACGUACUGGAGGACCUGGCCGACAUUUUGGAGGAUGAGGAGUGGGGAGGCAGUAAUGAUGCUUUGGAAGAGGAGAUGGAGGAGUUUGAGAAAGAAGUUUUGUGGAAGUUUGCCGCGGCCACUGCUUAGAACAAAGGAAGAGGAUUACAGAGAAAAUUAAAAACAACAACAACAACAACAACAACAUCAAAAAAAACAAUCCAAAAACCAGAUGUGAUUGUAAUGAUCUGUCCCACCCUGUGAAACAUUUGUGUAAAAAGAGUGUUUGCCUUCAGUGAAGUCUGAUCUACCUCUGUUUGGUCCGUUUUUUUUCUUUUUCUUUCCCAAAAUGCUGUGCUCGCCUGUCCUGCUGUGUGUCGCCUAAAUAACCGAGAGAGUCGACUGUCCAGUGGU